UAUAAAUAUAUAUGAAACACGCAGUAGGCAAUAAAAUGGAACUAUGACGUUUCAGGUGACAUUUAAAAAAAUCUAUUAAACAAAAUAUUGUUUUCGAUUUGAUAAAAUAAAUAAAAAUAAACGCACGACACAACACAACAAAAUUUAAAUUAAUUUAAUCUGUAAUUAACACCACGGAGAAAUUUUAUUCAGUUAAUUAGAAUAUUUAUAAACACUUAGUAGAACUUAUCUAAUCUGAUUGAUUUUGUUACCGAAAAGUAAAGAUGACUGCAAAUAUCACACAAAGCACCCCAGAAAACAAAUCCUUACAACUCGCUAAUCAUCUCACGGAUAAAACAAAUGUAGCUACAAUGCUAAGCAGGCGAUAUGAACAACUAUUGCGUACCGAAAAGUUCUGUGAUUGUGUAUUUCAUGUGGGAGCUGAAGUUGUUAAAUGCCAUAAACUAAUACUAUCUGCAGCAAGUCCAGUAUUCGAAGCAAUGUUUUAUGGACCUAUAUGUGAACAGCGAGAAAUCGAAAUACUUGAUUUAAAUACCGAUAUAUUUAAGUUACUAGUCGAAUAUAUCUACAUGGGAUCAAUAGAUUUUCAACACCUAACAUUAGAAGAAACCAUCGAGUUGUAUUAUGGCGCUGAAAAAUAUUUACUGAAGGAAUUGAUUGGCGACUGUUUAUUUGCUAUAACUCGAAAAUUGCGUUUUUCCAAUAUUUUGCCAGCACUAGAAUUAAGUGCAUGCAUGGAUCUGAGUGGUUUAUUGGAAGUGUGCAUGUCAUUCUUCUUACGCUGCUGCUUAACCGAUCCACAAUUUAUGACACAUUUAAAAUCAAAUUAUGUGCAUAUAUCCAAGUUCUGCAUGAAAUCAAUCAUUGCUGCCGCUAAGAAGGAGCAACAUAAACAAUUGCUCUGGUUUGCAUAUGAAUGGUGUCAGCAGGAAUGCAAUGAGUUAGGCUUACAAAAUAAAGAUUGUGGUCUUAUAAUAGAUGAUUUACAAUUGAAAGAGAAUGGUCUCAUUAACAGCAAUUCAGAUUUCGAUAUGAAGUCAAAUUUGCAGCAAUGCUGUUCAGUGGAGCGUUGUUACUACAAAGCAUGUCGUCCGUUUAUUGUUGAAUUCGAUAAUCAUGAGUGGACUGUAACUAUAAAAUGUGAUCGUUUCAUAUCAUUACGAGGUCUUAUAAUACACAGUCGUUUAACACCAAAUUUUUCAGCGAUAUUUGCAACAACAACUCAUAUGCCACACGCUAUUUUAAGUUUACCGACUGAAUAUAAUGAAAAUGUACGUAUUGAAAUCAGUGCAAUAUGUCAAAGACCAGAAAUUGAUAUCAGGGAACCUUCAAUCGAAGCAGAUAGAAUUGCAGAAAAUCAAUCUAUUAUUUGGCACCACACUGUUACCAAGCAACCCAUUAAAUAUAAUUGUGAUUUAAAUAUAAGUUGGAGUGAUGGUGUGGUACUUUCUCCAGAUGUCGAAUAUCAAAUAAAAUUAAUAUGGAACUCAGAUGCUUAUGGUGCCGAGUAUCCUUGCAGUCUACAGUCAGAUAUUGUUGAUGGCAUAGAAUUUAAGGAUUUUAAUGGACGUAACGGAAGUAUUCUCAAAGGUUUACGUUUCCAGAAUUUAAUUUAAUAUUGUUUAUUAUUAUUAGUUUAAUUUAAAAUUAUCUACAUAUUAAGCAUAACAAUUAAAUUAUUUUAAAUAAAAUAUUUAUAACACACGCUUAAGGUCAACAAACUCAUUUUUCAUAAGCUAAAAUAUUUUCUUCUUUAAUCAUUAGCUUCACAUUUAUAAAAAAAAUAUCAGGUUUUAAUAUUAAAACGAAAAUUUUUGAAAAAAAAAUAAUAAAAUUGUUUGUUUUGACUUGU